AAGAUGGGACAGUAAUGUUGCUUUUCCCCUGAAAGAUGCUCUGGUGGCUGCUCUUGAGAACAUACGACUCAAAUUUAUGAACUUUUUAGUCACGAAGUUUUAACUCACUCCUCAAUAAAAGGAAAAGCAAACCCAGAGGUCUUGUGUUGGGAAGCCAGGGAGUAGGUGCCUCCCAAGUGCUGCCCGCUGGCUGAGGCGCUGCCUGCCCGCCCGGGGCCUGGUCGGGUCUGGCCCUGGCAGAGAAUAGUUCUAUUUUAGAAUGCCGAAAAUGAAUGUGGAAAAAAAAGAAAAGAAGGCAGAAAAAAGAAAAAAGCUAAAGCAACGUGUGGCCCAACAGGGAGAGCUGGAAUCGGAUACUGAACCAAAGAAAAAGAAACAAAAUCUGCAGGUGACAAAAGAAGAGGAAGAACUUACCGCAGAGGAAAGGAGGAAACUGGAAAGAAAAUUAAAAAAAGAGCGCAAGAAGAAGGAAAAACAGCUGAUGAGGGAAGCUGGAAUCUCUACUAAAAAGGUGGAACCCAAAAAGCAGUCGGGAUCUGAGCUGGCUCUGGCCUAUUUAACCAGCUGGUCUGAAAACCCAGAAGAAUGGAAGUUUCAAAAGACAAGACAAACCUGGCUUCUCUUGCACAUGUAUGAUAAAGAGAAGGUUCCAGACAAGUAUUUCACCAUUUUACUGGAUUAUCUGCAAGGGCUUCAAGGUGGUGCGCGAGACAUAACUGUGCAGAAAGCUGAAGCUUUUAUGAAGGAAUUUGAUGGUUCUGAUGCAGAAGACCCAAACCUGUUGGAGAAGUGCGAGCGCAUACGACAAGUUCUGCAGCUGCUGUCCUGAGAGUAUUUUUGUGUUUUAAUGAUUGUCUGGUGGAGAGAAGCAUAGGAUGUCGUAUACAGAGACUGUAAAUUAGUUGUAAAGACAUAUUUUCUAAUAGGAAUCCUAAUACUAAAUUUUCAGAUUUUCUACCCAUAAUUUUUUCCAAUUGCAAAUAUUUAUCAUGUUUUGAGGUGAUGAAAUAAAAAUAACAUUUGGGCCGUAGACGUGCUAUUAAAAGUAAUCUUACCGCGUAUCUUUAGAAAAAUAAACCUCUCUUUCUUGUUAGUUUUUCUCUACCUCCCUCUGUAAUUACUGUUAAAUAAGAGGAGCUUUGCAGUUCUUAAUAAGAAGAGCAAAGGAACCAACAAAAAGCCUGGAGGGUCUUUUACAAUGGCAGAUUUUAAAAUGAGCAUACAGUACAGUGCUUGCUCAGCCAGCUGUAAUCUAUCACUUUCAGCUUUAGAAGUAUGUCAUUUGGAUUUGGGAAAGAUCAUUUUCAGUCUGUUGAACAUGGGUUGUAUAACACAGUUGCUUAUUAGUACUUCACACAGCGAUCUGGAGAUACCGUCAGCUUUGUUAGUUUUCCUUUUAUAUUUUAAAGUUUUCAAAUUCAUUAUGGCAAUUGUUUAGAUAUUCAGAUAAUGCAUGGAUGGGAGCAGAUCAAAUCCUUUGACUAUAUGCAGCGAAAUCAUCUGGUUGUACAUAAACUUACCCGAUGAUGCAAAGUGCUGGGCUGCAACGUUUCGUAUCUAGCCUGCCGAUACUGCGUUUUCAUCUUUCUCUUGUAAUUGACAUCCAAAAGAGUUAAUUUGUGUUCAUUUGCUUUGACGUGGGACAUUUGUCUCCUAUGAACAUGCUGAAAAUGAGGUUUUCAAGUAAAAACCAAGGACAUUAAUUACUCAAAAGUCAGAUGAUUGGCUUAUUUAAUAACACUUGUAUUCAGACAAUGUUCUUGACCUGAUUCUUUAAUGUUUCUGCAAACAUUGUUCAUACUUUAUUAAUAACAACUAUAUAGAUGUGUAGUGUUUUGGAAGAGUGGCUGUCUUGGGGAAUUACAGCUUUAAUUUGGAUGGGUGGAGGAGGGGAGGAUCUAUGGAUAUGCAGGCCUAAUUUUUCAAUAAGAAGCAUUUGAGUGGAUUUGACAGCCUUCGCAGUCGUGGAUUACUACAAAUCUUUAAAAGUAUGAAACAUAUUACUAGUAACAAAUAACAUGCUUUCUGACUUCUUGAAGAUGAUGUUUUCAGCCGAAAAAAAAACUAGACAGCAGCAUGCCCUGUUCUAACACAACAACUGUGAUGGGAGUUUAGUGCAACAGCAAGAGAAUUCAGCAGCAGUAGAGCUGCCGAUGGUUCGUCAGCAGCUCAGGUGCUGAUCCUGUACCAUGGGGCGACGGUUGGAGGAGGGUUGCAGAGGGUGCGUGCGUGCAGUGUCAAAGCCUUUCUGAGGCCCAAAGCUAUAUAAAACUGAUCUUCCAGUGUACAAGCUGGUGAAAAGGCUCUGUAAUAAAAAGAAGUGAUACUGACAUUUAGUGAACUCAUAAAAGAUCAUUGGAUCUUAUAUCUUAUGUCUGAGAAUAUGCAGCUGG